ACUAUGACAAGUCCAAAUGUCUGCUGUGAAACAGGUCUAUUUCUUCUAGAAUUAGCCUAUAGACUAUAACCCUUUUAAUAACUGUAUUCUUUUUAUCUUUCUUUCUAUUUUUUUGCAAAAUAAAAAAGAACAAAACUGUACUUACCGUCUGAAUGACAGCAAGCCAUGGUUCCAUCAGUUAUUUUUUUCUCAGCAAAAUACGCAUUCCCUUUAACGUGACGGAAGCGCCAGCAAAUCAACUGCGAGGACGUUUGUCCCGUAGACCUAUCAGAAUCCGUAGUCAUACACUGAAACGCCCCUCGUUAAGUUAGAUUGAACUCCGGUUUCUAUGUCUGUCAAAUUAUUUAACGUUAGCCAAUGUUAGCCGGGAUGGCACCCAAAGGAAUGGCGAGCAGUUGAGCAGUUUCUGUGAAAAGUAUACAGGGACACGCGUUAACAUCGCUGUUAAAGGGACUGUUACAGCUCUCUAACAAAUACGCGGAUGGCCCGGACUGCACUUGUGGGACCUACAUAAAGAGGGACACCAAUCUGAACCUCUGAAUGAGUAAUGAACCUAAACCCCUUCUGGAGCAUGUCUGCCAAUACAAGUCGUAAGAGAUCUGACAACGAGGACCAGAGUGGGCACGGGGAGCAGAGAGCCAGCCCAGCCCGGCUGCCCUUUGGCAAAAAGCAGCUUCCACCCAUUCCUAAGAAUGCAGCUCCCAUUACCAAGCCUGCAUCAACGGGCACCCCAGUCCAGUCGGCCAAUGGCACACACGCCUCCUACGGCCCCUUUUACUUGGAGUAUUCUCUGCUGGCUGAGUUCACACUAGUGAUUAAGCAGAAGCUCCCUGGAAUUUAUGUCCAGCCAUCCUACAAAUCGGCACUAAUGUGGUUUGGGGUCAUAUUCAUCAGACAUGGCUUGUACCAGGAUGGAGUCUUCAAAUUCACCGUGUAUAUUCCAGAUAACUAUCCAGAUGGAGAGUGUCCUAAAUUAGUAUUUGACAUCCCAGUCUUCCAUCCUCUUGUUGACCCUGUGUCAGGAGAGCUUGAUGUCAGAAGAGCUUUCACCAAAUGGAGACGGAAUCACAACCACAUCUGGCAAGUUCUGAUGUACGCACGUACAAUUUUCUACAAGAUCAAUACCACGGAACCACUCAACCCUGAGGCUGCUGUGCUAUAUGAAAAGGAUGUACAGUUAUUCAAAAGCAAAGUGGUGGAUAGUGUAAAACUAUGCAACAGUCAUCUUUUUGACCAACCCAAGAUAGACGAUCCCUACGCAAUAAGUUUUUCCCCAUGGAACCCAGCUGUUCAUGAGGAAGCAAAAGAGCGGAUGUUCACAUACAAAAGACGACCUGAGGAUCACCACAAGGGAACGCAGGUGUCAGGGCUGUCUUGGGUGAAGCCUGGUUCGACGCAGCCCUUCAGCAAAGAUGACAGUCUUCCCCAGAGCUGAACCUGCACUGUCGCUGCAGCAGCCACUAGAGGGAGGCAAACACAUCGGAUGCCACGCCACUAGCUUGCCUCAGCUGUUUAUGUGAACUGGAUCCUUGAAACAGUUGGGAGAACUUUAUAUUAAAUCUCCAUGUUAUUGCUCAGCUUUAAAAGCUUUGUAGGCAUCUCCUCAAACAGCUUUAGAAUAAGGAAACAAAGUUUGUAUCAUAUGUAAAUCGACAAUGACAAAUGGAUGUCUCAGCAACAUCAUUUAGGCUGUGAUGCAAUCAAAGCGCUGUCUCAUUUAGGUUUUCGGAUCCAUGCACAUGUUGGGCUAGGUGAUAUAACAUACUGUCCCAAAAGGAGCUGAAAAGUAUGAGCAAAGCAAUUUGCAUUCAUACAGUAAAUAUAGUGGACUACAUGAUCUAUACCACUUGUUGAAAUUGGCUCAGGACUGUUUUAUUUGUCAGACUUUGUGAAUGAAACAUAUUGCUAAUCGCCACUCGUCCCAUUAUACAAUUCAUUAUACAAUUUUAUUUGUUUAUUGGACAAUGAUUUUUUUAAUUCCGUGGUGUAAACUACAAUUGUUUUACAUAGUUCCUAAUAUAUAGAUAUAAAGCAGAGCAGGCAAGAAUGGUUUUAAAUGAGAUGCUAAAUACGUAAGCUCCCGUAUUUUAUUUUGUCUGAUUUUUAAAUAAUUUUGAACGUUUUAUGUACCUUUUGGUUAUUAAAGGUUUGUGUAAAUAAUGGAUGCUGUGCUAAGCUUUGACUUUAAGAGAUGUUUUUCUAAGUGAAUGUUUUGGUUUUGUUAGCUUUCUUUGCAAAUGUCACUUAAACCCCAUUACAGAUCUUUUCUUCACAAGUCAAAGAAGUUACUGCAGGAUUCCUUCAUAGGUCUGAAGGAAAAUCAGAAAUGUAUAUUGAUAAGGUUUAGUUGUUAAUUAGUUUGAGCAGCACAAAAUUGAGUUUUAUCCAGCUACAAUAAUACACCUUUUCUAUUGUGCCAGACAAAUGUCACUUUAAAUGUGAUGUCUUCAUCUGUAGAGGUCUCUGGAUUAAGUGAUAGUAAUAUUGCCCAGCCACUUUAAAUAUGCAAAUAUUGUUAAACUAAGGAUGUGGCAAAAGGAUGGAAUUUUUAAAAUCUGUGGGAACUCCACAAGGAAAUGACUAUAUCAGAAUAGCAGAUAUGGUGCUGAAACCUGUUUUUAUAGCUGCGAAAGGGCGUAACAAAAUCUUAGUGUACUUCACACACUGCCAUUUGCGCUGUCGGCAUCUACAAACACUGGAGUUGUAAUGUGUUCUGUGUGGACCCAUUCCUGCUCCAGUUUGUUAAAGACAUGACUGCAUAAUGACACGAAAUUUAAAUGCUUCUGAAAUCAAUAAAAUCAUCAAAAACA